GUAUAUCUGCUUUCAGUUUAAAAUGGCUUCGUCGCCUGUGAGCGCUGAGGAACACUGAGGAACAGCGGAUCUCACCCGGAGGAGAGGAGACUCUCUGAAGCCUCUACAGCCGAAAUAACAGCGAUAAACUCCCGGAAAGUGUGACUGACAUACUGAACAGAGUGUCUAAACCGAGGACAUGGCGUGUGUAAGACACUGAGAUCAUGAGUUCCUUACGGUAGUCGGCCAUCAUGUUCCAGACUAGGACCUGAUGCCUUCCCUCGCUGCUUCAUCUGCCAUGGAUGGGCAGAACUAUCCACAUCCAGAGGGACCACAGCUGGAUACUGGAAUUUUCGGAAUGGCCUCAUCGGCUAUGGAGAAUCCGAUGCAGUUGUGCACGCCGUGGAGUUUCACACAGCAGUCUUACAACCCUUACUGGCCGGUGCAACAUGGGAGCCAGCAGCUCCAUUGCAACGGUUCUUCUGAAAUGCACAUGGAUGUUUUCAGCCGUUCCUGUUUUUCUGAUCUGGACUUCCUGACCAAUGGAGACCUCUCUCAGGACCUCUCCUGUUUAGAUGAUCUGUCCAGCUCCACACUCUUCUCCUGUCCUCCCGAUUCCCUGUCUGAUCAUGCGGUUGCACCGGGGCUGCUGCCCGACAGCCUGGGAACAGUUCCGACCAUAUGGGACAUCAAUACACCAGCACAGACCCAGGAGACCAAUUCCAGGUUUCAGGGUUUGAACAGUUUAGAGGAUCUCUCUGCUGUGAUCAGCACUUCGUCUCUGGCAGGCAUUCAGAGACUUCACGCACAGCCGGAGGAGGAAGAAGAGGUUGAGGAAGAGGAAACAGAGGAGCUGGGCCAUGUGGACACCUACGCUGAAUAUAAACCAUCAAAAUCUACCAUAGGCAAUUCCCACCCUGACCGAGUUGUGGAGACCAGCACUCUGUCCAGCGUUCCUCCUCCUGACAUCACUUACACACUCUCCAUUCCUGAAAACAUCAUCAACGAUAGGCUGCUCUCUGCUCUGCAGCUAGAGGCUAUCAUCUACGCCUGCCAGCAACACGAGGUGAUUCUGCAGAACAACCAGAGAGCAGGCUUCCUCAUAGGCGAUGGAGCAGGAGUGGGUAAAGGCCGCACGGUGGCCGGCAUCAUUCUGGAGAACUACCUAAAGGGAAGGAAGAAAGCUCUGUGGUUCAGUGUCUCCAAUGACCUCAAAUAUGAUGCAGAAAGAGAUCUUCAGGACAUCGGUGCUCCCAAUGUUCUUGUACAUGCCUUGAAUAAAAUUAAGUAUGGAGAUACAGCUACCUCAGAAGGGGUCCUGUUUGCAACCUACUCAGCUCUUAUUGGAGAGAGCCAGGCAGGGGGCCAGCACCGCACCAGACUCAACCAGAUCCUGGACUGGUGUGGGUCUGACUUUGAUGGAGUUAUUAUAUUUGACGAAUGCCACAAAGCCAAGAAUGCCACGUCCACCAAAAUGGGCAAGGCUGUGCUGGACCUGCAGAGCAAGCUGCCUCUGGCCAGGGUUGUGUAUGCCAGUGCCACAGGUGCCUCUGAGCCAAAGAACAUGAUCUACAUGAGCCGUCUGGGGAUCUGGGGUGAAGGGACGCCGUUUAAGACAUUCGAUGACUUCCUCCAUGCUGUCGAGAAGAGAGGUGUGGGGGCCAUGGAGAUUGUCGCCAUGGACAUGAAGGUCAGCGGAAUGUACAUUGCGCGGCAGCUGAGCUUCUCAGGGGUCUCCUUCCGUAUCGUAGAGAUCGGCUUGGAUGACGACUUCAAAGUCGUCUACAACAAAGCUGCCAAACUGUGGGCCGAGGCCUUGGUGGUCUUCACUCAGGCUGCUGAUCUGCUGGGUAUGGUGUCCACGAAGUCUCUGUGGGGUCAGUUCUGGUCGUCCCACCAGCGCUUUUUCAAAUACCUCUGCAUCGCUGCCAAGGUGCGCCGUCUGGUGGAGCUGGCCAAUAGGGAGCUGGAGGCUGGCAAGUGUGUGGUGAUUGGGCUGCAGUCUACAGGGGAAGCUCGAACCCGGGAGGUUCUUGAUGAGAACGAUGGGCAUCUAGAUAAAUUCGUCUCUGCUGCAGAGGGUGUAUUCCAGUCUCUAGUCCAGAAGCACUUCCCUUCAGAGAAAGAGAGAAGAGAAAAGGGACCAGGAACCAAGAGAAAACGAAAGCCCCGGGGCAGGAACCCAAAGUAUCCAAAGCAGACCGCAGAUGGGAGAGUGGUCAUUAACAUCAGCGAAGACAGCAGCACAGAGUCUGAGACAGUGGACAGCGACUCCAACUCCUCUCCUGAUUCGCUCCAGGACAACAGCGAUGAUGUCAUCUUCGUUACCCACACCAACUGUCAUGCUGCUCAACUAGAAGAGAAAAAGCAGGGUCUUCUGAACAAAAUCUCUGAGCUUGGAAAAGAACUACCUCUAAACACACUGGAUGAGCUUAUAGAUAAGUUCGGAGGUCCGGAGAGAGUAGCUGAGAUGACAGGCCGUAAGGGGCGGGUGGUCCGGCAGCCAGACGGUAGUGUACGGUAUGAAUCUCGAGCUGAGCAGGGCCACACUAUCGACCACAUCAACAUCAAGGAGAAGGAUCGCUUUAUGAACGGAGACAAGUUGGUGGCUAUCAUCUCUGAAGCAGCCAGUUCAGGGAUUUCUCUGCAGGCAGACAGACGGGUGAAUAACCAGUGCAGACGGGUUCAUAUGACUCUGGAGCUGCCCUGGAGUGCUGACCGUGCCAUUCAGCAAUUCGGUCGCACUCAUCGCUCCAACCAGGUCACAGCCCCAGAGUACAUCUUCCUGAUCUCAGAACUGGCCGGCGAGAGGAGAUUCGCUUCUAUUGUAGCUAAAAGACUGGAGAGCUUGGGAGCUUUGACCCACGGCGACCGGAGAGCCACAGAAUCUCGAGACUUGAGCAAGUACAACUUUGAAAAUAAAUACGGUACCAAAGCUCUAGAUAAGAUCACCAAAGCCAUCCUGGGACAGAUUGAGAGCAAGGUGCCUCCACCCAAAGAGUAUCCUGGAGGUGACGCCAUGUUCUUCAGAGAUAUGAAGCAAGGCAUGAUGGAUGUUGGAAUCUUCUGCAAAGAGCCUCGUUUCGGCAUUAACACUGAAAAAGAUUGCUCCAUCACUAAGUUCCUCAACCGUAUCCUGGGUCUGGAGGUGCACAAACAGAACUCACUUUUCCAGUACUUCACUGACAACUUCGACUACCUAAUCGAAAAGGACAAGAAGGAAGGCAAAUAUGACAUGGGAAUUCUGGAUCUGGCUCCUGGUAAUGAUGAGAUUUACAAUGAGACUCAGGACAUGUUUCUGACUCCAGGCAACCCUCAGGAAGGCCAGGUUAUUCUCUAUAAGAUCAGCGUGGACAGAGGCAUGCCAUGGGAAGAGGCCCUGAAUAAAUCCCAAACUCUCAGUAACCCAGACGACGGAUUCUACCUCUCCCACAAGGUCAGAGGAAGUCAUCCGUGUGUGCUGCUGGCUGAGCAAGGCCGGGGACACAACCUGGUGGUCUACAAGCCCAACGUAGGCAAACAGAAACAAACGGAGAACCUGGAGAACAUCCAGAAGAAGUACCGCAAGGUGACUGCAGAGGAAGCGAAGGAGAGCUGGGAGAGUCAGUAUAAAUUCUCCUUUAAGAAAUGCAGUCACGCUGUCUGGACCGGGCGGUGUAAGAAGGUGGAUGAGGGUCAGGAGUGUUUGCAGGGCAUGCGGCUGAGGCAGUACCACGUUCUGUGUGGAGCUCUGCUGUGUGUGUGGAAGCGGGUGGCUGACGUGGUGGCUGACGUUACCAGCUCCAGCAUCCUGCAGAUCGUCCGCCUCAAAACCAGAGAACACAAGAGAGUGGGUAUAAAGAUCCCGGAAAACUGUAUGUCUCCGGUGAGAGAGGAGCUAAGCAAGAUGGAUAAGGAGGUGAAGAGGAAGCGGCAGGAGAAGCUGCUUCAGGCGCAGGAGCAGCGAGCGGCCGAGCAGAGGCGGAGUUUGCUGGAGGACAGGCAAAGGGAGUUAACAGAAUUUUUCUUGCAGCCUUCGCAUUUAUCCAGCCUGGGGUCACAUUACCCGACCCCUGUAACAUUCCCCUCCUUCACCCUGCCCUCCUUCCCUUCACAACCUUCACUAAGGAACCCUAUAGAAGGCCUUCUGGACCUGAGGGUGCGCAGCCCCUCGCCUCUAUCCCCGGACAGUACGCAGGCUGGCCUCGGAGCCGUGGAGGACUUUGAGCUGGAGGCCUUUACACAGGGACUGCAGCAGCAACCGCAGCAGGACAAUCACGAGGACAUCAUUGCGUUCCUCAACUCCUUCCUCAGCACACAACAACCCUCAACCGCAGCCACUCAACAAGCCCCAACAAGCCUUCUCCCUCCCUCCACCAUCUCUUAUCCAUCCUCCUCAUCCUCGUCUCUCUUCUCCCCCUCACUCACACCGUCCUCCUCUUCCUCCUCUCUGUCGCUGUUCGCCUCCGUCUCGUCAUCAGACCAGCAGAACCUCCCUCUGCCCAGCGCCAACGGCUCCAGCGACACAGUCAUCAACGCCAGAGAGGUGCUGAACAGUAUGCUGUGCGGCUCGGACGCUCGCCAGUCCGUCAUUCAGUUCGGACUGCCAGAGUGAGACUGAGAUCAGCUGGAGGGAUACAGCGUAGUGCAGUGUCGUACAGAUGUGUUCAUGUGCAGUGUAGUGUAGUGUAGUCUAAUUCUAGUCCUAGUCUCGGUCCUAGUCCUUACUGCCUACUGGCCUCAAUGUUUCAGACCAGUGGUCACCAGUCCAGCUCAACACAUCCUUAAAAUCCAACAAAUCUAUAAAAAUCUGCCUUCUUACUAAGUUAGGUUCCUGCCAGGGCUUCAUACUCGCCGCGUCUGAUUGGCUCUAAUGCUUCCCAGCUCAGAGGCAGCUUCUAUAUUCAAAAAAUACAAUUUAACAUUAAAAUAUCAGCAGAAAAUGCUAAUUAUGAUAGAAAACAUGAGCAAAAACACAAGAACUUGCUAUUUAGCUAACAAACCAUUGUUCAAUGCUUUGUUUACAGUUAAGUUCCAACCAGUGCUUUAUACCUGUUAUUUCUGAUUCUAGCAUAGAUGCAGCCACAAUAUUCUAUCACUGACUAAAAUAUACAUCAGCAAAUAUUAAAAUAUCAGUAGAAAAUGCUUUGUUUUACAGUUAAGUUCCAACCAGGGCUUCACACCUGCCAUGUCUGAUUGGCUCAGAUACAGGUUCUAUGUUCUAUCACUGACUAAAAAAUAUAUCAGCAAAUAUAUAAAAUAUCAGUAGAAAAUGCUCAUUCUGAUAGAAAACAUAAGCAAAAACAUCAGAAUUGGCUCUUUAGCUAACAAACCAUUAUUUACUGCUUUGUUUACUGUUAGGUUCCAGCCAGGGCUUCAUACCUGCAACGUCUGAUUGGCUCAGAUGCUUCCCUGCUUAGAUUUAGCUUCUAUAUUCAAAAAAUACAACAAAACAUAUCAGCAGAAAUGAAAAUAUCAGCAGAAAAUGCUUUUUCAUUAAUUCUCCGGCUUGUUCACAUAUAAAUUAAAUGUAAUUAAAAAUCUCAAAAUUAUUGAAACUAUUGCAAAAGUACUUAAAUCUAAUUUAAAAAAGACAAAAAAAAUUAUGGUGGACUAUAGAAUGUCUCUAGUAGAUAUAUAAUAAGAAAUAAGAAAAGUGUCAGUUUUUCUUUUUUUUUUUUGCUAAAAACAACAAAAAAGUUAUACCCUGAUGUGAUAAAUAGGGGUGGGUAAUAUGGCCCAAUUUUUCAGGCUAUAAUAUUGUUCACAUUUAAAUAUAUUAUUGCAAUAUUAUAGCGUAUGAUACGAUAUAACACACCCCUAAUUGCGAUAAAUAAAACAAUUUACAAUUUAGUUUAGUUUUUUAAAAUCACUUUUUAAAUGCCUAGAGCAGACUAAUUGGACAAAAUUAAUUGUGUUGUUUUGCUUCAUAAAUCCAUAUGAUCCAUAUAUGACAGCGAACGUCAUAUAAACACAUCUGUAUCUCCAAAAUGCAUUUAACAGAUGAAACUCCUCUAAGUAUAAAUGAAACUCCAGUAAUAAUAUUGGCUAUAUAACCAGUGGAUUUGCUUUGCAUAUUACAUCCCACACAGCAAUCACAUUUACAUUAAAUCAAAGACUAAUUGGAGAAACAUCUGACCAGUUAUAGAGCUUUAAAACAAAAGCAGAUGACCACAGUAAUGCUUGGUGACCACUGCUCUGGAUAAAGAUCUGCCUUAAAUGAAUCUUAAUUUACAGCAUCAUCCCAAAUAAGAUAUUAAUCAGCGUUCUAGAUCUAUGGAAAUGACUGUUUAGUGAAGAAUGCAGUACUCAGACUAAUGUAAUGUCGUAUUUAUGGAGUUACAGCGCCCUCUAGUGGAACCUCAGCAGCAGACAUCAUAUCUUUGGUUGAAACUCACACAUUGUAGUGAAACCAAAACUGAAAAAAAGAUAGCAUCAGCCACACCCUCAGCAGCUUCUUAUCUGUUUCACAAUGUCCUCUGACACACUUCUCCUGCAGUUUUGGACACAGGAAGAUACAGACAGACUACUGGUUAAAACAGUGCCUUUCAGAACCCAGUAGGGAAUGUAGUCCACACACGACAUAAAGGCCCUCGUUGUAUAUAUAUUUGUAUGUUUUAUAACACUUCUUUUGGCAUUUAUUUAUUGUUUUUUUUUUGUUGUUGUUGUUUUUUUAUUUAUCUGGCCUUGCACUCAGACUCAGAGAGGUUGGAGUGAAUGUUCCGGAAUGUUGAGCUCUUAACGCAGCCUGUUGAUAAUGUUAACACAGUACCAGUUCAGCAGUGAUAUAUGUAUAUAUAAAAAUAUAUGAUUAUAUAUGUGUGUAUGUAAUUGUGUGCAGGAUGAUUCCAAAUGUUAUCUUUGAAUCGUGCUUUAGCUUUUAGCAAAUCGUCUGAUGUCUUUAAAUGUGAUUGGAUGCUCUGUUGUGCUGUUUUUAUGCUCUCAGGAAAUGCAAAAAUCUAUCUAUAUAUUUAAACAUAUAUUAAUCUUCCCCUCUCAGUAGGACAGUAGGCCUUGUUAAAAAACGGUUGAAAGUAUGAUGUAUGAAGUAUUAAUUUUGGGUUCUGCUCGAGUACAAGGAAAGCAACAGCGAGUCAAACCAACAAAACUAAGGCUGUGUUCAGACUGCAGGCAAAUUUGCCGGAUUUUUAUUUAUUUAUUUAUUUUAAAAUUCAGAUCUGUUUAGAUGCCCGUCCACACUGUUAUUUGCAAAUGAUCAGAUCGGAUUUGCAUGUCUGGACAUCACAAACAUAUCUGCAUGGGUUCUUGCACCCCCACACUUUGUUUGUCGCAUUGUACAAAGAGACGUGCUGAAAUCCGAUUUGAGCUUCCAGAGCGUCCACACUGACAUACAACUGUUCAAAUAUGAUUCAAAUCUGACCUGAUCACAUUAGAACAUUCAGCCACAUCCAAAUCUGGUUUGGAUUCUAUUGCAAAAAACAUUUGAUCUGAUUUCAUGUGCUUUCUGGAUGUUUAGACUAUCAAACAUCAAUCUGAAUACAAUCUAGAUGCACUAGAAAUGUAAUUUUGUUUGCCAGUCUGAACACAGUAUAAAAGAACGGAAGGCUUGAUCUGUACUGGAAGUUUGCGUAAUUGAGGGGAGACGCCCAGUCUCAGUUAUGUUUGCGCUGAUAAUGAUAUUUUUUUUUUGUGGUAAUUUAUGUGAAAGGGACGAUCUUUCAAUAUUGCUCCAUAUGUUUAUGCUGUCCUAAAAAUCCAAAGCCUGAUAAAAUUACUGCAAACCAAACAGAUGAAUCAAAGUGAAUCUGAAACUGCGAUGAUGUUUUUGCACCAGAGUAUUGAUUGCACUGUUCCAUUCUGCUGCACGAGGGUUAUGGGUUCUUUUAGUUCUUUGAGUUUUAGUUUCUUUUAUUAUGCAGUCUUGUCCUUGCUUGAAGCCCCAAUCAGAAAUCAGUGGAAUCAGUGGAACUGAUUGUUGUACUGUUGUACCAGAGAUCCUGUAUCAUGCAUUGAUUUCUUGAUUGGGGUAUUUAAGGAUCUACAGCCUGAAUGUUCCUCUUUAGAGCAUCAGACCACGCGCUCUAUCUCAGGAAGAAGACUUUUUUUUACGUGGCGUUUUGGUUGAUGUUCUUUUCUUUUUCACGAAAAUUCCAAACCAACCAGAAUAAUGCAAAUUCACAGUGAGCAAGUUGUUACGUGAAUGCUUUCACUCUGAUUACUUUUUUACUCUUGUCUUUAUUCCCAACAGAUUAGGAAUAUUUUGACAGCCCAACUGACCGAUCGUCUUCAGCCCUAGAACACAUGAAACACACUAAACACACCAAAUAGAGAUAUUUCCAGUACUUUUGUACAUUUGGGCUAGUUGCAAUACAGGUGGUCUAAACUGGCACUUCCUUAACCCCCUUAUGCUCUGUGAGGGAAAAAAGCCAGGAACCAACGUUAAGAUUAGAAGACUGGUUGUUUAAGAAGCUACACAUUGAACGUAGUUUUCAGUCAUAGCUUUACUCUUAAUCAUUGGAUAAAGGGAUUUAUUAUUAUUAUUUACGUAUUUGGAAUUGGUUAAUGAAAUUGAUUUAACAUAUCAAUCAAUCAAAUACCCACCAAGUCCAGGGCUGGAAACCAGAUUCAUUGUCCAGUUUGAAGACCUGUGUAUUUUUUUUGCAUCACUUAAGAAUCACUUAACUUUUGUGUGUAUUAAAAUAAAAUGUUCAUUGAAAGUAAGGAAACCACAUGGUUAGGUGGAUGAAUAACAACAUAGCUUUGCUAUUUGCAGUCCUUUAUUUAUUAGACGACGCUGUUUUUCACAGCCUAUUAAAACGCUGACAGUCACAGUAGACAACCAGACAUACAUACCAGUAUAUUGUAUACCUAAUUCUCACCUGUCUGUAUUAUUUUGUUAAGGUUUUCCCAUCUGCUGUGUUUUACAAAUCAUUACGAAAAACUCCAUCCAUGUUUUGAGAUUAUAGAGAUGAAUCAGCUCAUAGAAAAGAGUCCUGGAGUUCCUUAACUGACCCAUACAUGCACUUCUACAGCUACAGCUGUUCCAGACAGAGCGUACCAAAGCUUCAGACUGCAGAACUGUGGUUCAUACUGAUUACUGACCGGGGCUUUAUUACCGUAGAUGAAGUAAUGAGUCUGUCAUGCACUCUAAUGAUCCUCCCUCUGCAGCAUCACCGAUCUCAACAACAACAACACUCUACACGACUGACCCAGUGAACCGUUAGUCGUUUAUUUGUGUAUAAUUUGCACUAUAAAGUGGAAGCAGCGAGUAGCUGUACGUUGUGUGUUCUGUCCCUUUAAAAGCUGUGCACAUUUUGCAUCUUUUGUUGCCUCUCUUUUGCAUUUCUAUCAUCUUUACACCUUUUAAGUAAUUUAUUGCUCAAAGAGACGAAACGUGCUACUGAAUUCCUGUAUGUUGAACUGUUGUCUGUUUCUGUGGGACUGGGUCUGCUUUUGUAUUCUGGGGUUCGCUCUGCUCUGUGUAUUUAUAAGUAAGAUUGAGAUGUAUAUAUUGUAAAAAAAAAAAAAAAAAAAAAGAAA